AUGGGCUCAAAAUCGAACGGUGCAAAGUCAAGACUUUCGAAAAUAUGCCCAAGACCGUUUAUCGAAGAACCUGUCAUCGACUUGGACACUGAACAAAAGGCUUCGGCAACGUCAUGGGCCGCACUAUGCCUCUUUGUACUCUCGGUGGUCGGAUCUGCGACGCAGCUUGUCGUUGCAGUUAACGCCUCGUGGUCAAGAGUCACUGCGGCGCUUUGGGUUGCUGCAGGGCUCCAUGUUGCCUUAUGGCGCCCCAGGACCGGCUCGAUAUUUCUUUUCGUCGACUUUGUGGCCAUUCUAGCACUGGAAGUGGGCAUAGUGGCGACUCAUUUCUACGAAAACCUGGCUAGCAGGAACGCAGUGCUUACGUCCUGUGGUGCGGGACUCGCCGCCGCUGCCACUAUGGUUGUUGUCAAUAUGCCACUUCGCGACCCAGCUUUGAGCUGCGUGGAGAUUGGUCGUCCCUUCAGUACACCUUCUCAUACAUUGCGAUCUCCUGAAGACAGCUUAACGCUACUACAAUGGAUGACGGUGUCCUGGUUGUCACCUCUGAUUAAGAUUGGAAAUAGAAGACAGCUCCAUGACGAAGAUGUCUGGGCCCUCUCCUAUGAGUUUCAACACCAACACCUUCACAACGCUUUCCGCGUGCUCAAGGGGACUGUUGUGAAUCGUUUGCUGAAAGCAAACUGGAUUGACCUGGUACUGCUCACAAUCCUCGCCAUCAUAGAACUGGCCGCCAACUACUCCGCCCCCAUGAUUCUCCAAAAGCUUCUGCAGGUCAUGGAAACGACGGCCGUUGACAAACGACUAGCAAUCAUGUACGCGAUACUCACGCUUGUGGUCAGGGCGGUGGCUGCUCAGAGUGCAGUCUUUAGUCUGUGGUUUGGGAGACGUUGUUAUGAAAGGUCCCGUGGCGAGAUGAUCACUAUGUUAUACGAAAAGACUUUGAAUCGGAAAAUCCUUGGCGGUUUGCCUCAAGAAGCUGGUGCUCAGAUGGAUUCUACCUUGGAAGGAUCCACUGAUUCCUCCGACAUUAGAGAAGCGCGUCUUUUGCCUGAGCAAGCAGGAGUCGUCAGCGAGCAAGUCGAGCGAUCAAAAAGCUUCGCGAGUCGCGCCAGAAAGGCAAUUCAAAAAGCCAGAGCAUUCCUUUCCAGAGAGAAUCGCUCCAACACAACGAACUCACCGGCAUCGAUGGGAAAGAUUCUCAACUUGAUGCGGAAUGAUGUGUACGAAGUUGCUCAACGCUUCUGGGAAUUUCAAAGUUUGAUCAACAAACCGCUCGGUCUCGUGCUCUCCGUCUUUCUCCUCUGGCGGUUGCUUGGGUGGUCAUGCUUUGUUGGCGUCGCAGUAGUUGUUAUUGCACAGAUUUUCAACUAUAUUCUCGCUCGCAUCCUCAUCGGCUGGGAGAGGGAACGGCGCAAAGUCACCGAUAUUAAACUGGAAAAGAUCAGCCAGUAUGUCGAGGCCAUAAGGCAUCUGCGGUGGUACGGAUGGCACCUCACAUGGCUUGAUGGCGUCAUUACCGCCCGGCAGCGAGAGCUCAACUUGAGGAUCGUCACCUUUUUGUUGAAUUCUGUCAUCAGAUUUCUGAACUCUUUCGCCAGUGGCAUGCUCCCGGUCGCCACGUUCUAUGCCUACACUAUCGCAGCAGGUCAAGAGCUGCGCGUUGAUAUUGCUUUCCCAGCAUUGCAGCUUUUUUCACUUCUGCAGAACAAUAUUCGAGAACUACCCACGUUGAUCACAGUCUUACUGAAUGCCUCGGUUGCAGUCGGACGGAUCUCAGAUUUCAUUGCUGAACCCGACAAGAUUGAAGAAGCAUUGGUUCGAGAAUAUCUGGAUGAUCGGUUAGAACUACGCAAUGCCUCAUUUUCAUGGCCUGGUCUUCCGGGGACAGUGCUUCAUGGUCUCAGCCUCUCUUUUUGUCCAGGAUUGACGGUCGUGUUCGGUCCGGUAGCAUCAGGCAAGACUGCUCUGUUACAAGCUCUUCUCGGCGAACUUGAUCUGCGUCAGGGGAAAUUGAUGAAGCCACAAUCCCCGAUCGGUUAUUGUGCACAAACACCAUGGCUGCAAAGCAUGAGCAUUCGGGAAAAUAUACUUUUUAAUUCGCGAUACGACGAUAAUCGGUAUAAACAGACUUUGGAAGCAUGUGCACUUAUUCCGGAUCUUGCCAAUUUCAAACAUGGUGAUCUUUCCAAUAUUGGCGAGAACGGCAUCGGUUUAUCCGGCGGGCAGAAAGCCAGGGUUGCUCUUGCGAGAGCGGUGUACAGUCGAGCACAAAUUCUGUUGCUUGAUGACCCUCUCAGCGCCCUGGACCAACAAACUGCCGAAUGGAUUAUCAAGAGGUGUUUAUGUGGCAAUUUGAUGGAUGGUCGUAUCAUCGUCCUUGUUACUCACCGGACCGAUCUUUGUCAACAUGUUGCAUCACAACUAGUUGAGAUCAUCGACGGAACAGGUUUUCUGCAUCGAAAUGAUGAGGAAUUUUCGAAAGUCGAAUCGCCUACAGCACCCGAAACAGAAACAUUUGAAGCCGGGAACAGUGUCAAAACUAUCGAUGAAUCUGCCGCGAUACCGGAAAAAUUCGUAGAAGACGAGCACCGAGUCCAUGGUGGAGUCCAGUUUCAAGUUUAUUGGGAAUACAUCAAGGCUGGAACGCUAAGAUGGUGGUUUAUGGUCGUCUUGACGGCCGUCGUUUGUCGCGUCACUUAUGUGAGUGAAAGCUGGUUCCUCAAAGAAUGGGGAGAAGCAUACAACAAAGCCAAACUCCGGUUUCUGAGCCUCGAGAGCUUCGACCCCCAGGUGCAUCUUCUUGAAAGUCCAAUCUCAGGCUUGUUCGACGGGUUCCCCGACCCAGCGGUCAAUGUCCGACCCUGGCUUUUCGGCCUUUUUAUCAUCGUAAUCUGCGAGACCCUGGCCCUUAUGCUUUCACAGAUGUCCAUGUUGGUCGUCACAUACGCUGCUGCACGUCGAAUGUUCAGAGUCGUCAUGGAUCGCAUAAGUAACGCCAGCUUUUCUUUUUACGACGUGACGCCAGUGGGAAGGUUGAUGAAUCGAUUAACCUCUGAUAUGGGAACCGUGGACGGUAAUAUCGCCGAGCUGUUUCUCAUAGUUAUCUGGUAUGCCGUUGCUUGGAUCUCCUCCAUGAUCGUCAUUGCUAGCAUUACACCAAUUUUUCUGGCAUUCGCUAUCUCGCUCACGCUAGCAUUUGUGCUUAUCUUCCUACAAUUCCUCCCGACUUCACAAAGCUUGAGGCGGUUAGAGAUGGUUUCCCUGACUCCCUUGAUGUCGAAUUUCGGCGCUUUGCUGAAUGGCCUGAUGACCGUCAGGGCUUUCUGCGCACAAUCACAAUUCCAAGAAAGAAACAUUCAGGUCACGGACGCAUUCCAGAAGAUGGACCAUUUUUAUUGGAGUUUGCAAGCCUGGCUGAUGUACCGGUUCGACACAUUGUCAGCAGUGUCCACAUUCCUUCUGACCAUGCUCGCAAUUUUCUCAGACCUCUCGGCUGGCUUAACCGCAUUCGUCUUGAUCUCAGCAAACAAGUUUGUCCAGUCCACCCAUGCAAUUUGCAAAUCGUAUGGACAACUCCAACUCAACUUCGUGUCUGUCGAACGAGUGGUUGAAUUAACUCAUAUCGAACAAGAAAUGCCGAGUUCGGUUCAGCCGCCCGCGGCUUGGCCCACGUAUGGGAGCGAUGUCGUCUUUGAGGAUGUCACCAUUCGGUAUCAGCCUCAUCUGGAACCUGCACUAAUAAAUGUUUCGCUUCGCUUUAAGGGGGGAUCAACCAAUGCCAUUACGGGUCGAACAGGUUCGGGGAAGUCAACUCUAGCAAUGGCAUUGCUAGCAACCAUUACUCCCGAAUCAGGCCGGAUCCUGGUUGAUGGCAUCGACAUUGCGAAAGUUGAUAAACAGGCCCUGAGAAGCCGAAUAACCUUCCUUGCACAAGAACCCAUCCUCUUCCCUGGAUCCUUGCGUCACAAUCUUGAUCCAAUGAAGGAACACUCCGAUCUCGCCUGCCAAUCCGUACUAUCAAGAGUCUGCGGGAAGUAUGGGUGGACGCUCAAGACACAGGUUGACACAGGAGGAAAAAAUUUGAGUCAGGGACAACGACAAUUGGUGGGUCUCGCUCGAGCGAUAUUGCGGAGAAGCGCAAUAGUCAUCAUGGACGAAGCCACGGCCAGCAUCGACUUAGACACGUCUGCUCAGAUACAGCGUGUAUUAAGAGAGGAGUUGCAGCAAAGUACAAUCAUCACCAUCGCUCAUCGGACAUCAGCUGUGGAAAACGCCGACUUUUGCGUCGUGCUUUCAGCUGGUGGUGUUUCCUACCGGGGCCCAACUGAUGGGAUUGGAUUCUAA